AUGACGACGAUUUAUGUGGUAGACGUGGAACUGGGGAACCUCCAGUCGCUCGCCAACGCCAUCGACCAAGUGGCCCCCGGCGCUAACGUCGUGUUCAUCCGCAACGCCGCCGAUUUCCAACAACACAAUGCCAAUAUCGAGACCCUUUUGCUCCCAGGGGUCGGCAAUUAUGGUCACUUUGUCAAGCAAGUCACCGAGAGAGGCUUGGCUACGCCGGUGCUUGAAUAUAUCGCCCUGGGCCGGCGCAUCAUGGGGAUCUGUGUUGGGUUACAAGUGCUCAUGAAGUUCUCGGAGGAGGCUCCCGGCCAACAAGGGUUGGGUCUCUUGGACAUGAAGCUUGCCAAAUUCACCACCGAAGACCCUAUUUUCACUAAAGUGGGCCAAAAGAAGGCCGUCCCAGAAAUUGGCUGGAACUCCGUGGCUCAAUUUUCUGGUGAUACCACUCACCUUUACGGGAUUAAUUCGAGCAACAAGUACUACUACGUCCACUCUUAUGCGGCGAUUGUUGACUCCCAGAAGGAACAGAUUACUGCUGAAGAAGCUAACGGCUGGACUUUUGCUUUCACCAACUACGGUUCCGAAAGAUUUGUGGCGGCGGUGGCUCGUAAAAACGUGUUUGCCACCCAGUUCCACCCGGAGAAGUCCGGUAAGGCUGGUUUGGCUGUGCUCAAAGCGUUUUUACAAGGACAACCUGAUGCCCAGGGGGCUCCUCUGACGAUGCUGUCGUCCGCUGCCACUGAAACUACCCUCUCCGGGUUGCUGCGGCGGAUCAUCGCCUGUCUUGAUGUUAGACUGAACGACCAAGGCGAUCUCGUCGUCACUAAAGGUGACCAGUACGACGUCAGAGAAAAAGACGAUAAUGCUAAUGUGCGUAACUUAGGUAAGCCUGUGGAGCUUGCCACCCGCUACUAUAACCAAGGGGCCGACGAAAUCACGUUUUUGAACAUCACUUCGUUCCGCAACGACCCGUUGAAGGACCAGCCGAUGCUUGAAGUGCUUAAACAAGCGGCGAAGACGAUCUUCGUUCCCUUGACUGUGGGUGGGGGCAUUAAGGAUUUGACUGAAGCUGACGGUACCGUUGUUCCUGCUCUGAAAGUGGCGGCGGCCUACUUCUUGGCCGGUGCCGAUAAGGUACUGAUUGGUCUGGACGCUGUUGCCAUCGCCGAAGCCUGGUACGCUAAUGGUAAACAGGGUACUGGUAAGUCGUCUAUUGAAACGAUUUCCGCCACUUUUGGUGUUCAAGCGGUGGUGAUCUCCGUCGACCCUAAGCGGAAAUACAUCGCCGACCCGCUGCAAACCACCCAAGAAGUGAUUAAGAUCGAAGACCCUGCUCGUUACGGUCCUCAAGGUGAACGAUACUGCUACUACCAAGUCACUUCCCAAGGUGGUCGUAAGACCCACGAAAUGGGGGCGCUCGAACUUUGUGUCGCUUGCGAAGCGUUGGGAGCUGGUGAAAUCCUCUUAAACUCCAUCGACCACGACGGUACCAACCUGGGGUUCAACUUGGAGCUUUUGCACCAAGUCAAGAGCCGGGUGAGCAUCCCCGUCAUCGCGCUGAGUGGUGCCGGUAACCCUGGCCACUUCAAGCAAGUGUUUGACUUGGAGUGUGGCGUCGACGCCGCCUUGGGUGCCGGGUUGUUCCACCGGGGCGAAUACACUGUUAACGACGUCAAGGCCCACUUGCGUGAACAAGGCAUGGACGUUCGUUUAGAAUGA